AUGGCUGACGAUGGUGAUUUUGACGAUGGAGGCGGUGAUAUGGGUAUGGAUGAUGACAUAGACGACGAUGAAUUCAAUGAAGAUGAUCAAGAUCCAGACGGUGAUCAAAAUGCACAAACAGACAAACAACAAUUACAAGGCGAUGAUCGAAUGGAAAUUUUUAAUGAAGAUGAUGCUAAUGCUGCUCAAGCAGCUUUGAGAACUGAUCCAUCAAAACGAACCACAACACCAUAUAUGACUAAAUAUGAACGAGCACGUGUAUUAGGUACACGAGCAUUGCAAAUAGCUAUGUGUGCACCAUUGAUGGUUGAACCCGAUGGUGAAACAGAUCCAUUGCAAAUUGCAAUGAGAGAAUUAAAAGAAAAGAAAAUUCCAAUGAUUAUUCGACGUUAUUUACCUGAUGGAAGUUAUGAAGAUUGGAGUAUUGAUGAACUUAUUCUAACUGAUUAA